AUGCUCACAAUAGUAUUCUUUAUUAUCACAUUAGCACACACAAAAUGCGAAGUAGAUCGCCGUAUAAUAACUACUUUACGGUAUUCAAAAUCUUACGUAAAACCAUUCGUUGUGAAUGGAAAGCCUGCUGUGGUCGGUGAGGUACCUUAUCUAGUGUCGAUCAAAGAGCCAACAAGGAGACUAGGUCAUGGUAGAAUUAUUUGGAGGAAUCUCUGUGGAGGCAGCAUUAUAGAUGAACUUCGAGUUUUGACAGCCGCACAUUGCUUUGAAGGAAAUCAAUUCUAUUAUUAUAGACACCCGGAAUUAUUACGACUCGUCGCAGGUAAUUUACGCACUGAUUUGACGCAUUCCGGACGUACAGAGACUACCAUAAUAAGCCAAUGGAGGAAUAUUGACAGAGUUAUUCUGCAUAGGCACUUCAACUUUCCCGACAAUGAUAUCGCUCUGGUGUUUGCUGAUGUCAAAUGGAGUUUUUUACGUAACGUGGACUAUAUUGUACCGGCUAGUGUCAAUAAAGAUUACCCCCAAACGUGUAGAUCAGCUGGGUUUGGUAGGAUUGGCCCCCAGUUGAGUGAUAUGAUAUCUCCGUCACUUCUUGUUGCACAAAUCUACGUUCUCACUAGAUGGCACUGUACUAAAAUGUGGGAGAUGAAUAUGAACUCUUUUGUAUGUACAGAUUCGUCCGUCACAGAUAUUUCUAGGGGCGAUUCUGGUGGGCCCUUGGCAUGUAGAGGAACUUUGGAUCCCCAAGAGGAGAACCAGAGAGAAUUGUUGGUGGGAGUUGUAAGUGGCAAGAAUUUUGAUAAAACAUCUAUUUAUACACGAGUUUCUGCGUAUAGGGAUUGGAUUGAUAGAAAUGGAAGUGUUAUUAUAUUACAUAAUCUGAUUUUACUUGUAACUAUUGUGUACGUAAAAGCUAUUAUGCAUUGGGCGGCGCGUUGGGCGGUGCCGCCCAAAUAUAAAGCCCGUAGAGCUGACUACGCCGCACUUGUAGCGUCGAUCGUCGCCGUAGAACCACCGUAG